GUACUCAGUACUGGCGAGUGUAAACCCAGCUUUGUUGCUGACUGUACCUAGUUAUAGUAGUUUUGUAGAAGUGUGCAGUAGACGUGAAAAUGCUUACAGCGGUUUUGUGUUUCACUUUGAUCGUGUGGAUUGAAUGCACACAUAUAUUUACACUGGAAAGAGAUUUCAACAAACUGACAGCAGAUAAGGAACUAACUAAACACGUAGAGGAAGUGCUGCAGAGGCUGAAGACGUUCAAGGUGGCAGUGCACCCUCGCAUCCGGUUGUUCUACCAGCUGCUGAAGAGGGGCAUGUCGGAUUAUACCCAUCGCACCGCCGACUCGCUCUACAACCCUAGCACAUACUUGCAAGCGGGACAUUCAUAAUAUUGCUAAUUUAUUAAUAAAUAAAUAUUUUUUU